UUUUUCUUUCGGCUCGCCCCUUUCCGCCAUCAUGAAGUCCUGAACAAAAACGGAUGAAAAUUGAGCAAAAAGGAAAAAUGAAACCCGCCUGCAACGCAAGCGUGAUGGCAGUGCAGUGUGGAGCAGCGAAUGGGCAGGCGGAAAUGAAUCAACUGGGUUGUCAUUGAGAACAUUUCAGGCAGGUCCCGGCGUUCCGUUAUUUAGUUAGUUGCUUUGCUAGCGUCCUCCUGGUUAGCUCUGCAGCUAGCGGGCUAAGCUAGCUGGUGCUAUUCAAAUCAGGUAGCUGUCAUUUUAACUGUCAUCCAAAAUCCAUGUCGUGCGGACAUGCUCGUUGUCCAGCAGACUGGAGCCACAAGAAUGGAGUGGGGACUGCGUAAAAGCACAAUCAUGUGGUUUGUUCGUGUUGAAUAGACACCGCUGUCAAGGAAAGAAGAGGGGGAGACCAAUAUUUUCCAACCAGGCCAGUCAGCUAGCUUCUCAGCUAGCUACAGUGGAUCCCAAAAGCCACGGCGCUGGCCAUGCCAUCAAGUGUGCGGGCCGGGAGCCUGAAGGACCCGGAGGUGGCUGAACUCUUCUCCAGGGAGGACCCAGAGAAGUUCUUCACAGACCUGAGGGAGAUUGGACAUGGGAGCUUCGGGGCUGUCUAUUUUGCCCACGACAUCCGCAUCAAUGAGGUGGUGGCCAUCAAGAAGAUGUCGUAUAGCGGCAAACAGUCCAAUGAGAAAUGGCAGGAUAUCAUCAAGGAAGUGAAGUUUCUCCAGAAGCUCCGCCACCCCAACACCGUUGAGUACCGUGGCUGCUACCUGCGAGAGCAUACAGCAUGGCUGGUGAUGGAGUACUGCUUGGGCUCGGCUUCUGAUCUCUUAGAAGUCCACAAGAAGCCCCUCCAGGAAGUGGAAAUAGCUGCCAUAACCCACGGUGCAUUGCAGGGCUUGGUGUAUCUGCACUCUCACAACAUGAUUCACAGGGACGUGAAGGCAGGAAACAUCUUGCUAACAGAGCCUGGCCAGGUCAAACUGGGAGACUUUGGCUCAGCUUCCAUAGUUGCCCCGGCUAAUUCCUUUGUGGGAACACCAUACUGGAUGGCUCCUGAGGUGAUCCUAGCUAUGGACGAGGGCCAGUACGAUGGCAAAGUGGAUGUGUGGUCACUUGGCAUUACCUGCAUAGAGCUGGCGGAGAGGAAACCGCCUCUGUUUAAUAUGAAUGCUAUGAGUGCCUUAUAUCACAUCGCCCAGAAUGAGAGCCCUGUGUUGCAGUCAAAUCACUGGUCGGAUUAUUUUCGUAACUUUGUGGACUCCUGUUUGCAAAAGAUUGCCCAGGACAGACCUACCUCUGAUGUGCUGCUGAAGCACCAUUUCCUAUGCAGAGAGCGUCCCAUGACAGUUGUGAUGGACUUGAUUGCACGUACCAAGGAUGCUGUUCGUGAACUUGACAACCUUCAGUAUCGAAAAAUGAAAAAAAUCCUCUUCCAUGAAGCCCACAAUGGACCUGCACCAGAGGGAGGUGAUGAGGAAGAGGAUGUGGAACAGUAUAUGCUGCGUACAGGCACAGUCAACAGUAUGGAAAGCUCCCAUUCUCUGCCAUCUAUGUCGAUCAGUGCCAGUUCCCAGAGCAGCUCAGUCAACAGUCUGGCAGACGGUUCUGACGACAGCGGUGAGAUGGCCAUGAUGCAAGAAGGAGAGCACACAGUCACGUCCAACAGCUCUGUGCUGCACAAGCCUCUGAGCCAUGACAACAUCUAUGAUGACCCAUAUCAGCCGGAGGUUGACUCUCAGAGGGAAGCAUCAUCUGCUGGUGGUGGGGGAGGAGGUGGUAGGCGUCGGCGUGGCCGAGAUCAUUUUGCCACCAUCAGGACAGCCUCACUUGUUACCCGUCAAAUCCAGGAACAUGAGCAGGGCUCGGCCCUAAGGGAGCAAAUGUCUGGGUACAAGCGAAUGCGACGACAGCACCAGAAGCAACUGAUGGGACUGGAGAACAAGCUGAAAUCAGAGAUGGAUGAGCACCAGCUGAGGCUGGACAAGGAGCUGGAGAAUCAAAGGAACAGCUUCUCUCUAGAGGGAGAAAAGCUAACAAAGAAACACCAGGCUAUCAUGGAGAAGGAGACAAAGGCUAUGUUGACAGAAGAGAAGAAGUUCCAACAGCAUAUCUUGGCUCAGCAAAAGAAGGAAUUGACCAGCCUCCUGGAAUCCCAGAAACGCCAGUAUCGACAACGCAAGGAGCAGCUCAAAGAGGAACUGAAUGAAAACCAGUCAACACCCAAGAGGGAGAAACAAGAGUGGCUGGUGCACCAGAAGGAGUGUUUACAGCAGCUGCAGGCAGAAGAGGAGGCGGGCCUGUUGCGGAGACAGAGGCAGUACUAUGAGCUACAGUGUCGCCAGUAUAAAAGAAAGAUGGUGCUGGCACGCCACAACCUGGAGCAGGAUCUCCUUCGGGAGGAUUUGAACAAAAAACAGACUUUGAAGGACUUGGAAUGUGCCAUGUUGCUACGCCACCAUGAAUCUACCCAAGAGCUGGAGUUCCGCCAGUUGGGUCUGGUGCAGCGUACCCGCGCUGAGCUGAUCCGUACACAGCACCAGACGGAGCUCACCAACCAGAUGGAGUACAACAAGCGACGUGAGCAGGAGCUGCGUCAGAAACACGCCGUGGAGGUCCGCCAACAGCCCAAGAGCCUCAAAUCCAAAGAGCUACAGAUUAAGCGUCAGUUCCAGGACACCUGUAAGAUCCAAACCCGUCAGUACAAGGCGCUCCGCAACCACCUGCUGGAGAACACGCCCAAGUCUGACCACAAGGCUGUGCUGAAGCGGCUAAAAGAUGAGCAGACCCGCAAGCUGGCCAUCCUGGCCGAGCAGUACGACCACUCCAUCAAUGACAUGCUGUCCACUCAGGCUCUGCGACUGGAUGAAACCCAGGAAGCAGAGUAUAAGGUGCUGCGGAUGCAGCUGCAGCAGGAGCUUGAGCUGCUGAACGCCUACCAGAGUAAGAUCAAGAUCCACACUGACUCACAGCAUGACAGGGAGGUCAAGGACCUGGAGCAGAGGGUGUCCAUCCGCCGUGCCUUGCUGGAGCAGAGGAUUGAGGAGGACAUGUUAUCCCUUCAGAACGAGCGCUCAGAACGCAUCCGGACCCUCCUUGAACGUCAGGCCAGUGAGAUAGAAACAUUCGACUCGGAGAGUUUGCGUUUGGGCUUCAGCAGCAUGGCACUGACCAGCAUGUCUGGCGAAGCUUACUCCAAGCAGGGCUACGCCAACGCUCCUCCAUCCAGUUCUCGCUCCGCCAGCCACUGGAGCCAUGGCAUACACCCCCAGAACAUCCCCUCACAGCAACACUCCCGCCACAGCCAUAACAGUGGCACUGGAGCGGGUGAAUGCCGGAGCGAGUCCUCUUCUUCCUCCCAUGGUUUGGGGAUAGCCCUGGGCCUGGCACGAGAUGGGAGGGAGGUGCACCAUUCGUCCCGUUCUUCCAUUUCCUCUUCGUCCUCUUCCUCCUCUUCGUCUUCCUCCCACCACCAACGCCACCACCUGCCUCAGCACUACCACCACCAGAGCACACCGCAACUCUACCGCGAGCGGGAAAGGGAUCGAGAUAGGGAGCGGGAGAAGGAAAGGGAACGGGAGUGGGCUGGGGUGCGAGGCUCCGGCGGCGACCUGGCCCAUCCACAUCCGCUGCCCUUCUCCCAUCACCUGCCUUCUCGCUCCUCUUCUCAGUCCUUAGCCAUCCUCCCUCCCCCGCCGCCUGCCCCUCCCUCCAUCUCUGGCCCGUCUUCCUCUUCCUCGUCUUCCUCCUCCUCGCAGGGGGGGAUAUACGGUGGCGGCGGGUUAGGAGUACGUGGCACGCCCAGUCUGAUGGCCCUGAGGAACAGCCCCCAGCCUCUGAGGAGGACGGCGUCUGGCGGGGGGCCCGGAGGGGCCGGGGGCAGUGACGGCGUCCUGAGCCGAAGCACCUCAGUCACGUCACACAUCUCCAACGGCUCCCACCUGUCCUAUUCUUAGGUAACAGGUGGAGGAGCACAGGCGGGGAAGGAGGGAUUUAGGAAGGUAGCUAUCACAGGUUGCAUCUCAGUGCUCUCAGCUUGCCACCUUGCUUUGAUUCCUUUCGAUCAUCAUUUCUGAUCUCAACACACAACAGAUGAGCAGAGGAUGGAGGGAUAUCAUGUGUUUGUUCUUCUUCUUAAUGCACAGAGUGACAAAGAGAUCAGCUGGUAUCAGGAGCAAAGAGAGCGGACACCGACUACUGAGCUGCAGCCUGGUUCUUCAGACUCAGGGGGCGAGAGGGGUAGAGAGCUUUUCUCCCAAAAAAGAAGGAGUGAAUGUAACUGCCUGUGGUUUAAUUUAAUGUGGUGUUAUAUUACCAAAAAAGGGGGUUUGUGUUAAAUGUUUUUAUCUCUGUUAUAUCAUGUAUAAAAAGUGUGGAAGCGAGGGCAUUUUGCCUUCCUGUGUUUCUUCUCCACAAAGCCACAAAGGACAGAGGCCUUGUCUUCUUCGAUGAUGUUCUAUGUUAGAAUGGAGAACGAGAGAGGAUGGGGAAGUGGGGGGGCAAAAUGACAUAUUUGCAUUGUGUAUCUACAUGUAUGUAGUCUGUAGUGUCCAAAUGUAUCUACAAAGCACUUGUAAAAGAGGAGACUCACAAAAAGAUGGGCCACUUUAACCCGCUGGCGAUUGUAAAACACUUUGAUGUUUUUGUUGUUUUUGUAUUCCGUGUAUAAAACGAACACACACAAAAACAGGUUGCUCGGAAACGUCACCAAUGCCUUUAAGGGGUUCUUAAAGGGACGUCGUGCCAUCAAGAUUUGAUGACUGUAAGAUGAUUAAAUCGAAUAUGAAUGCAAAGAAUGUUUGUAAAGGCAAAAAGGCUGGAGAGAAACUUUUGUGUGGAUAUGUACAAAGAUAAAUGACAAGAAAAAAAAAGUUUAUCGGCAUCAUGAUGUAUUCAGUAUCUAAACGACAUCUGUGUCUACAGGAGUCGCUCCAGUGCAUGAGAUAACGUACAAAACAUUUGUAAAGUUUGACAUUUGAAAUGUACCGUACCCGUUCGAGAUCACUUGUCCCACAUUUUUGAUCUUUAGUGUAAAUAUUUAUGGAAGUUAAAAAAAAAAAAACAGAACAAGUCAUUGGUUUUAUAGACUAACAAAGAUAAUGAUAGUAAUUUUGAUAUAUUCAAAUGAGUAUUGAAUCCAAGAUUUAAAGAAACAACUCCUGCAUUUUUUAUGUGUCAGUAGUACCAUACCUAAUGCCGAUGUAACUUGUACUCAUGCAGACAUUUUUCAAAAAUGAAAAGGGGCCACUGUUGUCAGUGAGGUUGAGAACAUGUUUUUUCUUUAAAAGGAUGAUGGAAAAAACUGCAUUGUGAGAUAUGGUGUAUGUUCAAGCUGUUAAUAUUUUAAUAACGAGGAAUUAUUGAUUGUUAAAUUUACAGUGUGUAGGAUUUAGGAGUGUUAAUUGACAUAAAUGAAAUAUAGCAUUCAUAACCGUCUGUUCAUUAGUGUAUGAUUAUCUACAACAAGGAGUCAUUGUGUUUUUGUAGGUUUAGAAUGAACCCUUCAUACCUACAUGGGAGCUGGCCCCCCUCAUGGAGGCCACCAUGUUGCACUGCCAUAUUGAUACAGCACCCCAAAAGGGACAUAUGUACUCUGCCUGUUGCAUUUUGCAGCUGGAAGACUAGGAAGAACAAAAUAGAAGAGGAAUACAUGGUUGCUCCUCUAUAUACUGUGUACUGGUUGCCAGUGCAGGCUAACAAGUUCGAGAACUCGCGUUUUGGUGAAAUGGAGGAGCACACAUAUUACUUAUCAGAAGACAAGACAAUGGACCAAAAAUCCCCAUCGCCAAAGAAAUGAAAACGUGAAGGGAAGUAAAUGUGAUCGCUGAUGCUGUAAUGCAUUCUCUAGCCUCACCACAAGAUGGUACUAAAUCCUACACUCUGUAGCUUUAAUGAUUUGUGGAUGUGUGUAAAGCGAUAAGGUUGAGUUAUAUUGCUGCAUUUUAGACAUAGUAUUGAAUGAUUGAAUUGUCUUGAAAAAGAAGCACUGCUGAUUCACAUGAACUAUGACCUUCACCUCUGCAGACUCUUCAAAGAAACAAACUAAAAUUCGCCAAAAUUUUGAUUUUAGAAUUGGCUACUGGAAUGCAAAUGAUGCCCCCCCCCCCCC